AUGCAAAGGAAUUUUUAUAUAAAAUCUGUUCACCAAUUUCAGUCGCUGAGUCUGAAGACGUCUAAAGAAGGUCCAGAUCCUAAAGCAGAUGCAUUAAUGUGCUCACAGUUACCAUUAAUCCCACGCAAGUGGGUAAUUGGGCUUGGAUCUGCUUACGCUUUAUCGACUCCACAAUCUCAAGAUGUGGACGAAAAGUACCUGGAUGAUAAACCGAAAAGUGGAAUGAGUGGUCAAUUAGUAAAUUUGCAUUCUUGUUCUCACAUAUACACAGUUUCAGUUUACUAA